CCCAUAAGUAUAAAUUAGCAGAAUAAAGUUAGGAUAAAGGUUGAUAGAUGCAGAGGAUAGAGGUGUUACAGAACAAAUGGCUCUACAAAUAUUUUCCCCAAAAAUUCACCAGCCACUGAAGUCCAUUUUUCCUUGUCCCAGUAAUAAUGGAUGCAGUGUCAUUGUGCAAUGUGCCAACAAUCCAUCUCGUAGGCUUGCUUUAUUUCAACUCGCCAUCACCCAGUCACAGUUAUUCAAUGGAAAAGCACCCGAAUCUCUUAAUGCUGAAGGGAAAGUGAUCGAAAGUGGAUUGAUCGCUGAACUGGUGCAGACAAACAUUGCCCUAAAUGAUGAAACUGCAUCAGAGUGGAUCAAGAAGGACCAAAGAAGAAUGCUUCAUGUCGUUUAUCGUGUUGGGAAUUUGGACAAGACAAUAAAGUUUUACAUAGAAUGCUUGGGAAUGAAGCUGUUAAGGAAGCGAGACAUACCAGAGGAGGGUUAUUCAAAUGCUUUUCUUGGUUAUGGACCUGAAGAAUCAAAUUUCGCCGUUGAACUUACUUACAACUAUGGAGUUGACAAGUAUGACAUUGGAACCGGUUUUGGUCAUUUUGGAAUUGCUGUUGAGGAUGUUGCUAAAAUAGUAGACUUAGUAAAAGCAAAGGGAGGGAAGAUUGUCCAGGAACCUGGUCCAAUCAAAGAUGGAGGACCUAUAAUUGCCCUCGUGGAAGAUCCUGAUGGCUACAACUUUGAACUAUUAGAGAGAGGGCCUACUCUUGAACCUUUCCGUCAAGUAAUGCUUCGUGUAGGAGAUCUUGACCAGUCCAUUAGUUUCUAUAAGAAGGCAUUUGGCAUGGAGCUUCUUCGUAAAAGAGAUAAUCCGGACAAAAAAAACACAAUAGCCGUCAUGGGUUAUGGACCUGAAGAUAAAAAUGCAGUUCUGGAAUUAACAUAUACUUAUGGUGUCAAAAGCUAUGAUAAGGGAAAUGGUUAUGCUCAGAUUGCAGUAGGAACAGAUGAUGUUUACAAGACUGCAGAAGCUAUAAAACUGUAUAGUGGGGAAAUUGUACUUGAACCUGGACCUUUGCCGGGUAUAAACACCAAGAUCAUGGCAUGUGUUGAUCCUGAUGGUUGGAAGACAGUUUUUGUUGAUAAUGCUGAUUUUAUGAAGGAAUUAGAGUGAACAUGUGCAGUAUUACCCCAAACAUCUCAAUCCUGCACUAGGUCUCGGAAUAAUUUGUCACAAUUUGUCCGGUGAUAUCAUUCAGAUAAUCUAUUUCCAGCAUAAAACACGGAUAGCUUUACUUAUAUAUAAAAACAACCAUGAAUAGCUCAUUGUAGUGACAUUUUGCAAUAUGUAAUCUAUCCCUAUACAGAUGUAACAGCUUAAAUCAAUCCAUUGCUAUUCUGAUUUGAUGCUGUA